AGUAACUCAGCGGGACAGGUAGUCUCUGUGGAGGGAGGUUUUGAGGUCGGGAUCCUCCACUCUGUAGCAGAAUCCCGACCAGUCCGAAGAAUGGUCUUGGCCCAUAAUGUCGCCUGUCUAUUCGCUUUCCAGAUGCUGCCUGACCUGCCGAGUUUCCCCCAGCACUUUGUGUUUUGAUUAAUGUUCCAACAUCUGCUGUUUCACGUGUCCGCAUUUUAUUGUUUUUUAACACACUCUCCUGAUUCAGAACACUGGGUGUAAAAGCAAGUGUGAUUAGCGUAACCUUAUAACCUGUGAAAACAUUCGUGGUUUCUGCAAAACAAUCCUCACGCGUUUGUUACAUUCAGAUUCAAUUGUCGGAAUUCUCGGGGUAUGCAGAAGAGCAGGAAUAUGGGCGCCAACCACUCCCAUAAAACGCCAGUCUUUGACGAAAACGAAGAUGUUAACUUUGACCACUUUCAGAUCCUUCGAGCAAUUGGGAAAGGAAGCUUUGGAAAGGUAUGCAUUGUCCAGAAGAGAGAUACAAAGAAAAUGUACGCCAUGAAAUACAUGAACAAGCAAAAAUGCAUAGAGCGAGAUGAAGUCCGCAAUGUUUUCAGAGAAUUGCAGAUAAUGCAGAGACUUGAGCACCCUUUCCUAGUGAAUCUGUGGUACUCAUUCCAAGAUGAGGAAGACAUGUUUAUGGUGGUCGACCUGCUUCUUGGCGGAGAUUUACGAUAUCAUUUACAGCAAAAUGUCCAUUUCAAGGAAGAAGCGGUGAAACUCUAUGUGUGUGAACUGGCUUUAGCUCUGAACUACCUAAAAAGCUACCACAUCAUCCACAGGGACAUCAAACCUGACAAUAUUCUUCUUGAUGAGCAUGGGCAUGUUCACAUCACUGAUUUCAACAUAGCAACGCUGGUGAAGGAUUCUGAAAAGGCUACAUCUAUGGCUGGGACAAAACCCUACAUGGCUCCUGAAGUUUUUCAGUCCUUUUUGGAAGGAGGCCCUGGAUACUCAUAUCCAGUGGAUUGGUGGUCCUUGGGAAUAACAGCUUAUGAACUGUUGCGGGGCUGGAGACCUUAUGACAUUCACUCCAACACUCCAGUGGAAGAAAUAUAUCUCAUGAUCACUACAGAACAGAUCCACUGUUCCUCAACCUGGUCUAAAGGAUUGGUGGCAUUAGUGAAAAAGCUUCUUGUGAAAGAUCCUGAGUGUCGCCUAUCAAGUCUCAAGGACAUUCAGAAUUCUCCAUACUUAGUUGAUGUCAACUGGGAUGCUGUUCUGGAGAAGAAUCUCAUCCCUGGUUUUAUUCCUAAUAAAGGAAGGUUGAAUUGUGAUCCAACCUUUGAACUAGAAGAAAUGAUAUUGGAGUCGAAACCUCUUCACAAGAAAAAGAAAAGGCUGGCUAAGAAUAAAUCGAAAGAUCUCAAUAAAGAAUCUUCACCACUGAAUGGCCAUCUCCAACAGUGUCUGGAAACAGUCCACAAUGACUUCACCAUAUUCAACAGAGAAAAGUUAAGAAAAUCACAAGCAGAAGUUGGGCAAACAUCCAGCAAAGAAAAUGGAACUUGCGGUCAAACACAUGAAAAGACACAGGAUGGUCACAAUAACAAUGUGCUUGAAUCUGUUUGCACAACUAUUCCUAGCUAAUCCACCCGAGUUAGUCUGAGCCAGCCAAGAACUCAAAAGAUAUCUGUAUUAUAGUGUGCAUUAUUUCAGUGCAUGCCUUGUGGUUUAAGUAUCCUUCUCUUCACAAGAAAGCAACUCAGAGGAUUCAUUAUUUGAAAGAAACGACUGGAGAAGUCCAUUGUCUACAUUUAUGCAACGGACUGGAAAAGAGUGAACAUAUUGGCAGGACAACAGCCUUACACAGAAGACAACAACAUUGAUAAUAGAUACAAAAUGCUGGAGUAACUCAGUGAGACAGGCAGCAUCUCUGGAGAGAAGGAAUGGG